UGCCUUUUGGGCAGGUAUGCUUUACAAAGUGAUGAACGUUUUGAAGUAAUUUUUGAUCGUACAGAAUUAAGGUGUAUCUAAAAAAAACAUGUAGUUUUUACAUUUUUAUUGAAUGCAAUAAAAAGAUGAGUUAAAUAAUUUUUAAAUAGAAAGUAGAACUACACAAGUAGUUCGCUAUUGAUACUUUUACUAAGUAUUAGUGAUAGAUACUGUGCAUUUUUUCAGUGAUUUAUAGAAGAUAAAUUUCAUUGUAAGAAAUGGCAAACCUUUCUUCAAACACUGGACAGCAAUAUUUUUGGAAUUCCGGUAUAACACAAAUGCAAAAUGUAGGAUAUUAUUCUAUGCCGCCAUCGAAUUUUUCACCACCAAAUUUUAAUCAACCACCACCAAGUUUUCCUCCAACUAAUUUUAAUCAACCUCCACCUUCUUAUAAUAUGCCGGUUACUGCUAUGCCAGAAGAUAAACCAACGAAUCAGUUUAUGUCAUUUCAUUCUGCUUCUUCUACUUAUCAAGAUAAUACUACUGCCACGUAUACAGAUGAUUCAUAUUCAAAUCAAGCAACAACGCAAUGUAAUAAGAAUAAUUAUUAUCCAUCGUCGUUUUCUCAAUCUGAGAAUUUUAGUACAGAAAAUUUUAAUUCAAAUUGGAAUUCUAGAAAUAUAUAUCCUGAUAAUUUUAAUAAUGAAUGGAAUACUAAUAGCUCAUCAAAUUGGUCAACCAUACAAAAUAAUGCUACUACAUCUUGGUCUGAAGUUGAUAGAUCACAAAAGGAAAGUCAAAUGGUUUUGGAAAGUUCACAAAAAAAUAAAAUAUCUGAAUGGAGAUAUAACAAUAUAGAAUCAUCUCGAAAUCAUACAAGCAGUAGAAAGCGUUCUAAAACUCCUGAAAAUAGAUCCAGGUCUAGUAGAUCACCACGUAGAUCACGAUAUGAAGAUCAAAGGGACAAAUAUAAAUAUAAAAGAGACAGAUCAAGUUCAAGAGAUCACUCUCAUGAUAAUGGAGAUUCCAAACGAAGAUGUUCAUAUAAAAGAUAUGGCAGUCGUGUGUCAUCUUCUGAAAGGUCGUAUGUAAGCAGCAGGAACAGAAGAAGAUCAAGAUCUCUAGAAUAUCGAUCCUCCAAAACGGUUAGUCCAAACAGUAGUAGUUCAAUGUUGAAAUCAAAGUGUCCAACUGAACGAGAGUUAUUACUAGAGAAGUAUAGACGAAAUUACUGUGCGACCAGCAAAGAUAUGGAAAGAAAAAUGGAUGAGUUAUCGGCCAUGGGUCCAGAAGGAAUAAUGGAAAAUGAACGUAAAAUUUGGACCCGUACUGCACCAGCAGAUUUAUAUUACACAAGAGAUGAAACUAAUUCAAAAAUAAUGAAGGGUACCCCAAAAUUGCGUGAUUUAUGUGAUUUAUUUAAAGAAAUACUUAUAGAUAGAGCAACAGCAGCACGUGCAUUACAGCCUCCAUACGAGCCACCACCAAGAAAAACUAAAGCACGUCUUUGCAAACAUAAAUCAGAAGCUUGUAGUAGUUCAUCAUCAGACAGUGAUAGUUCUAUGGAUGAGGAUGACAGGACGAUGGAAGAAUUAAUGACCAAGAAGCAACAUCCUCAGAGAUUACAUCCUGAAAUGUGGUUUAAUGAUCCUGGAGAGAUGAACGAUGGACCAUUGUGCAGAUGUAGCGCCAAAUCACGAAGAUCUGGUAUAAGGCAUGGAAUUUAUGCCGGCGAAGGUGCAAUAAAUAAAUGCAAUGUGAACUCGAAUAACGCCGAUAAAUUAUAUCAUUAUCGAAUUACAAUCAGUCCUCCAACUAAUUUUCUUACUAAAACACCAACAAUCAUAAAGCAUGAUGAACACGAAUUUAUAUUUGAAGGAUUUUCUAUGUUGUCACACUUUCCUCUUGUAAAGUUACCAACAUGCAAAGUAAUAAGAUUUAACAUAGAAUACACAAUUCUCUACAUAGACGAAAAACUGCCUGAAAAUUUUACUAUACAAGAAUUAGAUUAUUUUCAAACAUAUUUAUUCCGGGAAAUAUUAGAGCUUGUAGAUUUUGAUUUACAAGCUGCCCAAGAUAAAUCUGGCUGUGGACAAUUUCACUUUAUGCCAAGAUUUGUACGUGAUUUAGCAGAUAAUGGGCAAGAAAUUUUAUCCAUGAAUGAAGUUUUAAAUUACUUAAUAAAAAGUAGUACUCUUUUAAUAGAUCCAGAAGAUCUACCUAGAUUAAUUGAAAUGCCGCAAUAUAAAUGGCAAAAUUUUGCUGAUGAAGUAAAAGGAAUGGUUGUAACAUAUCCUGGAAAGAAACCAUGUAGUGUUCGCGUGGAUCAACUAGAUAGAAAUCAAGUUGAUCAACCUCCAGGUGUGAUUGCUUAUCCCGAAAUAGUACAUUUUGGUAUAAGACCGCCACAGCUCAGUUAUGCUGGAAAUGCAGAUUACCAAAAAGCAUGGAGAGAUUACGUUAAAUUUCGGCAUUUGUUAGUUAACAUGCCCAAGCCAUCUUUUGAGGAUAAGAGGAAACUCGAAGCGAAAGAAAAUAAGUUACAAGAGUUGAGAACACAAAGUAAAAUGAAGCGUAAUGUCACUGUUGAUGUAAGCUCUGAAGGUUUUUAUAGAACAGGCAUUAUGUGUGACAUAGUGCAGCAUGCAAUGUUAAUACCUGUACUUGUAUGUCACUUAAGAUUUCAUAAAUCUUUGGAUAAUCUGGAACGUACAUUGGGCUAUGAGUUUAAAAAUAGAUAUCUUCUUCAACUUGCUUUGACUCAUCCUAGUUAUCGCGAAAACUUUGGUACAAAUCCAGAUCAUGCUAGAAAUUCAUUAACUAAUUGUGGAAUAAGACAGCCGGAAUACGGCGAUCGUCGAAUACAUUACAUGAAUACACGCAAACGUGGUAUAAAUACAUUGAUAAAUAUAAUGUCAAGAUUUGGAGCAAGACGAGAAACAGAAUCUUCAAUAGCACAUAACGAAAGAUUAGAAUUUCUUGGAGAUGCAGUCGUUGAAUUUCUCACGUCCAUUCAUCUUUUUCAUAUGUUUCCUGAUUUAGAGGAAGGUGGAUUAGCUACAUACAGAGCAGCAAUUGUGCAAAAUCAACAUCUUGCUGUUCUGGCAAAAAAACUUAAUUUAGAGGAAUAUAUGCUUUAUGCACAUGGCAGUGAUCUAUGUCAUGAUCUAGAAUUAAGACAUGCAAUGGCGAAUUGUUUUGAAGCACUUAUGGGUUCAUUGUUUCUUGAUGGAGGAAUAGAAGUUGCAGACAGAAUUUUUGGUGAAACUCUUUUCAAAGAUGAGGAAGAUCUUGCCAAAAUUUGGGUGAAUUAUCCAAAACAUCCAUUGCAAGAGCAGGAACCAACGGGUGAUAGACAAUGGAUUCCAAGCUUUGAAUUAUUGCAGAAAUUGACGAAAUUUGAAGAGUCUAUUGGUAUAGAAUUUAGUCAUAUUCGUCUCUUAGCAAGAGCAUUUACUGAUCGUAGUAUCGGAUAUACGAAUUUAACACUUGGCUCAAAUCAACGUUUAGAAUUCUUAGGGGAUACAGUCCUGCAACUUAUAGUUUCAGAAUACUUGUAUAAGUUUUUUCCUGAACAUCACGAAGGUCACUUGUCUCUUCUAAGAAGUUCGCUUGUAAAUAAUAAAACACAAGCAGUUGUAUGUGAUGACUUAGGAAUGACGAAGUAUGCUCUUUAUGGAAAUCCAAAAGCGGAAUUAAAAACUAAAGAUAGAGCAGAUUUGUUAGAAGCUUUCUUAGGAGCCUUGUAUGUUGACAAAGGUUUAGAAUAUUGUCAUGUUUUCUGUGAUGUGUGUUUCUUUCCACGGCUACAAGAUUUUAUUAUGAAUCAAGAUUGGAACGAUCCUAAGAGCAAAUUGCAACAAUGUUGUUUAACUUUGAGAACGAUGGAUGGUGGUGAACCAGACAUACCAGUAUACAAGGUAAUUGAGUGCAAGGGACCAACAAAUACAAGAGUUUAUACAGUUGCUGUAUAUUUCCAAGGAAAAAGAUUAGCUAAGGCAUCAGGACAUAGCAUUCAAGAAGCAGAAAUGAAUUCUGCUAAAGAAGCUCUUGAAAAAAGCCAAGAUCUCUUUCCACAACUGGAUCAUCAGAAGAGAGUAAUAGCAAAAAGUAUGAAGAUGCAACAAUGGCCAAAUAAAUACAAAAUAAAAGAUAAAUUCACAAAAUUCAGUGAUAGAUCUGAUGAUUCAGAUUCUAGCCAACAUCGUAAAAAAAAUCAUAGUAAAACAUAAGAUCUGUGAUAUAUUAAUUCGAUUAUAAUCGAAAUAAAAUUAUAUUGUUAUAA